UUCCUUCCGGGAACUGUGCAGUGAGCUGUAAGAAAAACAACAGCAGGUUUCUGGGCUUCUCUCUCUGGAGCUCCAUUUACUGUAUCCAGUUUUAGUUUUUACUUUCUGUGUCUGUGCUUUAACCUGAUGCAGAAUAUCUGCAUCACUGAGACGGUAAACAUCCUUUCAGAACAGAAGAUAAAGGUGUGUUGAAGAAACAGAAGUGUACAGAAGAAGAAGAAUAAAAGAGAUACGGAGAGAGAGAGAGAGAGAGAGAGAGAGAGAGAGAGAGAGAGAGAGAGAGAGAGAGAGAGAGCACUGCUAAAAGGACAGAAGAUUAAAAGGUCAGGCUUUGUGGUGUAAAGAUGGCCAGCGUUCCUGUACCUGUCACUAAUGUGGGACGCGGCUACACCAUCAUCACUCAAGUUCUUCCCUCGUCUACAGUAGAACAGAAUUCCACUCAGACACUCAGCCCACUGAGCAAGUUCCUGAAAGGAGAACCCAAAGCUCUGGGGACUGUCCAGAUAAUGAUAGGAUUGUUGACGUUUUUGUUCGGUAUCGUGUUGGCGACUUACACUCCAAUGAUCAGCAUUUUCUCUGGAAUCGUCUUCUGGAGCUCGGUGUUUCACAUCAUCGCCGGCUCCCUGGCUGUUUCAGCGAGCAACAAGUUAAACUCCUGUGUGGUGAAGGCCACACUGACACUGAACAUUUUUAGCACGCUAUCUGCAGGAAUCACCAUCAUCAUCCUGAUCUUGGAUCUGAUUUUUGGGAGUUAUGUAUAUAGAUACUCAUACUAUGAGGACAGUUACAGUUACAACUACUACGCCUCAGAGGGCAUGAGGAAAGGAAUAACUGGAGUUCUGCUGGUUUUCACUCUGCUCCAGUUCUGCAUCUCUAUCGCAGUUUCAGCCUUCACCUGCAAAGCCACCUGCACCAGUGAACCGAGCCUGAACAUCAUCAACGUGAUUCCGAACCCUGAGAGUUUUGCUCCUAGUGCUCCUGUGAACAACCCUUUCCCACCUCAUCACACUCAGCAGGGGGUCAAUUCGAUGCACGGCAUCGCCAUGGCUACAGCACCCGGGGAAAAUCCUCCGGCGUACAGCGAGAAAUGUAACCAGACCACAGAGAAGGAAUAAAAAUGAAAAACUGUUAAUUUACACUGUUACACAAUAACACAAUCCCACUGACCAGAAAACACACAAUCAAGGACACUGAAAGCCAACAUCACACACACUACACACACUAUACACACACUACACACACAUUAUACACAUCACACACUACACAAUUAUUGCUUCUAGAUCUUUUUUGCUCAGAACUUCCAAAAAUAACGAUGUCUAAUUAACAUAAUUCGUCAUCUUUUGAGUUGAAUUUCUCACAUAAACAGCUGUGCAGAUUUAUUUUAGAAAUAAACUUUAUUUUUGUUCUCUAAUCUUAAACAAAAUAAAAAGAAUAAAUAUGUGGACUCUGA